GUGCGCGUGGAGGAAGUUCCACUUUAAACUUCCACUUUAAACAUCCACUUUGAAGUUCCACUUUGAAGUUCCACUUUGAAAUUUCACGUGGAAAUUCCACUUUGUUUUAUUCUUUCGACUUAACACUAUUUAACUACCAAUGUUAUAAUUACUAGAGGUCGAUUUUGUAUUCCUGGUAAGAGUGCUCACUUCUCGCAUUUUCACCUCAUUCGUAUUUUUACGCGUGAGUGAAGUCGCCAUGAGAAUUUUCACUUGCGCGCACUGCGCAGGUCCAAUAUGGCCGAACCGAGCGACCGCGGCGUCCGCCGACUCGCGGAUUUCGCUGUGCACGAGUACUCGCGUUUGCCUGCGUUUGCCGUUGCGAGUGUCGUUAUUCGAUUGAGUUCACGGACUUACAUGAACGCGUACGUAUUGUGCAGGCGGAUGGGCAAUAUUUGCGUAGCAAGGUUUGUUUAGUGCACUCAGGGUCCGCUGUGAUAAACGCGUUCGUGCCGAGGAACAAAACACUCUCGCCAGGUCGGAGCAUGUCAGGGACGCAGUGGCAGGCUGGCCUCGUCUUGGUCACCGAGGAUCGCGGAAAGUGAGUUAGACACGAUCACUGCAGCUGUGGUUCGCCCGUCAGUGCUUGGCUGGACUCUACGUCCAGGAACUUCGAAGCAGCGCGUCGAACGAAGAUGGCGGACACUGCCGCCGCCGCCGUUGUCGUCGCUGACGCGAACACCAAUUCUCACGAGGUCUCCGAAAAUCACCUCCCUAGGAAGGGCAACGACCAGUGGGUGCGACUCAACGUGGGAGGAAUGUAUUUCCUGACGGCCAAGACAACCCUCGCUAGGGAUCCAAACUCCUUUCUCUAUCGGCUCUGUCAAGAGGACUCCGAUCUCAUCUCCGAUAGGGAUGAGACCGGUGCGUACCUCAUAGACCGAGAUCCGACUUACUUCAGUCCAGUUUUAAACUAUCUACGCCAUGGCAAGCUGGUUAUUAAUAAAGACCUAGCGGAGGAAGGGGUCCUGGAGGAGGCAGAGUUUUACAAUAUCACCGAACUCAUCAGACUGGUGAAAGAGAGAAUCAUCCUCAGAGAUGCACGGCUGCUGCGCGAUUCGAAGAAACACGUCUAUAGAGUUAUUCAGUGUAACGAGGAUGAAUUAACGCAAAUGGUAUCCACGAUGUCGGAUGGCUGGAAAUUUGAGCAGCUUGUCAAUAUAGGCUCGCAGUAUAAUUACGGAAAUGGCGAUCAUGCCGAGUUUCUGUGUGUGGUGAGUCGAGAGUACGGACCGAGUCAAUUAAGCAGUAAGGAACAAGAGUCCACCGAUCGUGUAAAGGUCCUGCAGCAGAAGGGCUCGCGCAUGUAAACUCUAGUCCCGUUUCCUUAUUCCAUCCCCCUCGAGCUUCGGCCGAAAGUUCUUGGCAGCCGGAAAAAAAAGCGAGACACCAGAAGACUUAGGCCCUGCCGAUUGUCAUUUCGGAGCCGAAUUCGCGAUAAUAUCUCGAGGGACGAUCACGUAGACCGAGCGAUCGCGUCGAGUGCAAGGGAAAGGAGAAAAGCCAAGGGAAACGAAACCUGGACAUUGGAGAAAGCUACACCGAAGUACAGGGAGGACCACGAAGAACCAGGACCAAUCGAGGGACGCGAGGGUGCAUUUAAACGAGAACGAAGACCGACAUCUCUCUCUCACUACGUUUAUAAUUUCCUCUUUCCCUCUCUCUGUUUCCUCAUCUCGAGCUUCUGCGACUAAACGCCCACCUAGGAGUCUAGAUUCGUCGUUUCUUUUGCACCGAAUUGUACAAAAGUCGAGCCUCGUUUAUGACUCCUCGCAGGUACUGCGCAUCUCUAUUGUCUCGAUCUUUCUCUCUAUAUCGAGGUUUCUUCGGGUUAGCUGCAAUUCUCCACUUCGUGUACACUCUGGGUGGAGCUUGGUGUUCAGGUUACGGGGCGCGUAAUCACUAUUUUACACCUUUUUUAGUACAAACGUGCAGGACUUUCCGCACUUGGCCGCGAGAUGGCGCAAUUAGCCGUGGGAAGAUUAAUUCGAACGUGUGGACACUCGUGUGAAGAUAUUGUUCGUGGAGAUACACUUUUGUACUUCUCUUGUAAAGUGUGGUGCAGUCGGUUGCACUGAAGUGCAGAAUAUGCAGCUAACCCGAACAAACCUUAUAUAUAUCUCUCUCUAACAAGGGGAAUAUAUCCCAGAUGUACCUGAUCGAUUUUAUUCGUUCCAACUUUGUACCGUAUCGGAGAACAAGUUAACACUUUUUCUUAUAAUACCCUUUUUAUAUGCACUAAUUCGCGAGUUUGAGUGACAUUUCAUGGGUGACAGGACCUUCCUUGUGUUCUCCAUGUUUACGUUGUAAAGUUAGAAACAAUUCGAUACAUCCAGUUCGUAGGAAAAGUUUCAUGAUCUUCUUCUCGGAUGCCACUUGCGCAUCCCCUUGAUCUCGAGAGUCGGCACCUAUAUAGAAAAUGAGAAAUAUAGGUUUUUAACGUACAAUACGACAUGUCGGAAUCUAGAAAAUCGGCAAGAUACACCUGGGGAUAUUUUCCUUGUAAGAUGUAAAGGGCGCUCCCAAAUAUCUCGUACUUUGAGUGACUGCAAACUGAGCCGUAAGAAUUGCCGUCGACGCCAUCUUGAAUUUUCUGCAACAUCAGAGCAGCCUCUUGUUACGGCUCAUGUCCACGUGUAACGCGCGAAUUUAUUAAUAGUACGCGAGCAUAGUUGAUAUCGCUCUGGCAAGAAAUAUCGCAAGUUACUUGCACGUCGACAUGAGCCCAUACACUUACCUUUAUGCGAGAUAUCUGCGAAGGCCUUUACGAGCCGUGAACGAGUCUGCGUGUUUACUUACCUCUGCACUGCCGCUACGUAAAAACAUAAAAUGGGUCGCGAGCGCGCGAAAGUCUCUCGCGGAUAGGGAAUAAAAUGAUUAGGUUAAGGUAAUCUCGCCCGUCGAGUCAUUCGAACCGCCCUUUUCUGGUCGAGGCGAUGGCACACGCCGUACUUAAUAACGUUCCCCGUGUCAUGGCCUCCGUCCCCGUAUCAUCAAAGUGUCAUGGCGGCCGCGUCGCCCUGCGAACGGAUUUUCUUACGAGUUAUACGAGUUUUACGAGUUAUAAGCAAACCUGGCCGAGUGUCACCCUCCGAUUUUUAUGAAAUUUUACAGUUUUCCACGUUUUUAGAGCUAUCUCUUUACUUUUUACAAUGGCGGGAAUUUAGGAUUUCUGAAAGGACUAUCCCAAGGAGCGAAGGGAUUGGAUGUAGUAAAGCGCCCCAAUGUUUGGAUUUCUAAAUUUUAAAUUUUGAUUCUAGUUCAGAAACACAGAGAAUGAUCAAAACACAAUUUAGAACAUUCUGUCGUAGAAAUUAUUCAAUUGAAAAUGGUUUUAUUCGAAAAUUAUUCCGCGUAUAUGAGACGCCGCCAUUUUGAAUUUCGUAUUUUUAACUUUCGGCUCAGUUUUAGUGACAUUAGAAACUACUUUAGAUCAUUUUAUCGCGUGUGAAUAUUUGUUUCAAUGGGAUAACGAUAACGGCGUCUGUCGCGUUACGUUGUAAAAAAUCUUGUAUUUGCUUCGAUAUCAAAAUUGAAUCGAAGGGAGGAACCCUUCCAAAGGGUCAGUCAGGAUCGGAGAGCAUUCGGAAUGGUUCGUUACACUAAAUGCCAGACACAUGCGAAGGAAGGGCGUCGGUUUGAACAACACAAGAUGCGACGGGUAGUUAGUCGUUUGUAUUUGUUGUACCAUAAAAUAAAUAAAGACUUUGUUGUACA